AUGAAAAAGAGGAAGAAAAGUUUGAGGAAAACUAUCAGGAGAAGAAAGAGUUGUGGUGAGGGGUCAUUUAUGAUUAAUGAAGAUGUUGGAGAUCAUGAGCAUGAGAUAAUUGAAGAUUACAAUACAUAUGAGUUGUCUUCAAAUGAUGAUAGUGAUGAGGAUGUGUGUGAGGAUAGGAAGAAGUUUCCAAAGUAUAGAGAAGAGGAUAUGACAAAGACCUUUAAAUUUAAAUUAGGAAUGGAGUUUAAGUCAUUGAAAGAUUUUAAAAGUGCACUACGGGAGCAUAGUGUUUUAAAUGGCAAAGAAGUGAAGUUUGUUAAGAAUCAUUCGAAGAGGGUGAGGGCAGUUUGCAAAAAGGGAUGUGGAUUUGUAAUUAUGGCUAGCAAGGUAGGAGGAAGGCAAACUUUUAGGGUGAAAACUCUUGUUGGACGUCACAAGUGUGGAAGAGUUUUUGGUAACAAAAGUGCAAGUGUAGAAUGGAUUGCACAAGUUUUGGUAGAUAGAUUUGUUAAUGUGGGAGGCAUGACAGUGAACCAAAUCAUAGAUGAAAUGAAGAAGUCAUUUAGUGUUGGAAUAAGUCCCUGGAAGGCUGGAAGAGCAAAGGAAAUUGCAACGGACUCUUUAGUGGGUGAUGGAGAACGACAAUAUGGUUGUCUUUAUGAUUAUGUGGCUGAGUUGUUAAGAGUCAAGGCUGAAACCUUCAAGAUUAAGGUGAAUCGACCCCAAGCCACUUUAGAGGGUUGUAAACAAGGGUUCUUGGGUAGUUGCAGGCCAUUCAUUGGGGUUGAUGGCUGUCAUUUGAAGACAAGUUAUGGAGGUCAGUUGUUAGUGGCAGUGGCAAGAGACCCUAAUGACCAAUAUUUCCCACUAGCUUUUGCUGUGGUUGAAAGUGAAUGCAAGGAGACAUGGAGGUGGUUUUUGUCCCUGUUGCUAGAUGACAUUGGGGGCAUAAAUUGUCAACGCUGGAUCUUUAUUUCGGAUCAACAAAAGGGAUUAAUGGUAGUAUUUGAUGAGAUUUUGAAUGGGGUGGAGCAUAGGCUGUGUUUAAGGCAUUUGUACAACAACUAUAAGAAGAAAUUCGGUGGAGGUUUGCUCAUUAGAGACCUUAUGAUGGCAGCAGCAAAGGCGACAUACUUUCAGGAAUGGGAAAAAACAAUGGGUGAGUUGAAGACUAUCAAUUCUGAUGCUUAUAAUUGGUUAAUGGCAAUUCCAACUAAAUCAUGGUGCAAACAUGCAUUUAGUGCUUAUCCUAGAUGUGAUGUAUUGAUCAAUAAUUUAUCUGAAUCAUUUAAUAGUACAAUUUUGUUGGCAAGAGACAAACCUAUAAUUACUAUGAUGGAAUGGAUUAGGUCAUAUAUUAUGAGUAGGUUUGCAACUCUAAGAGAAAAAUCAAACACAUAUCAUGGUGAUGUUAUGCCUAAGCCAAGAAAAAGACUGGAUAGGGAAGUUGAGAAAAGUGGGAAUUGGCUACCAGUUUGGGUGGGGGGUUCAAAAUUUGAAGUCACUCAUGGCUUUACUAUGGAAAAGUUUGUUGUUGAUGUAAGUAAUCAUAGUUGUAGUUGCUACUUUUGGGAUUUAGUUGCAAUACCUUGUAGACAUGCCGUUGCUGCCAUACAUUAUAAAUUAGAGAACCCAGAAGAUUAUGUUCAUCCAUAUUACAAGAAAGAAGCAUAUCAAACUUGUUAUGCACCUGAAAUAAUUCCAAUCAAUGGCCAACAACUUUGGCCUAGAUCUGAGACUGAACCACUACUACCACCCAUUUAUAAAACACCUCCUAGGAGGCCAAAGAAGUUAAGAAGAAGAGAAGCUGAUGAAUAUGUCAGCCAUUCAAAGUUGUCCAAGAAAAAUACUGGUAUGAAGUGUAGCAGUUGUCAUGCAUAUGGACACAGUGUAAGAAGUUGUAAAAAGGGGCAGUCAAGCAAGGACACAGGGGUUGCAAGAGGUUCUGCAUCAGCUGGGAGAGGGGCAUCUACAUCAACUGGGAGAGGGCCAUCUGAAACAGUUGGGAGAGGGGCAUCUGCAUCAGUUGGGAGGCUUCGAUCUGCAUCAGCUGGGAGGCUUCGAUCUGCAUCAACUGGGAGGCCUGGAUCUGGAAGCACUUCACGAACGGGAGCACGCAGAGAUGCAAGGGUUGGAAGACUGUCUGGACAAAUUGUCGGAUCUCAAGCAAGUUGCAACUGA